GCAAAAUAUCAGACGGAUACUAUAUAUAUUGAUGCCAACAAAAAGAAACACACAAAAAAGGGAAUCGAUAAGGAGAAGGCAAAACGAAUUCUUCAGAAAUUUUGCCCUCAAUGGAAUCAAAAUCGACCUCUGGUGGUGGUGGUGUUGUCCGUCGCGAAGGUACUCUGUCGAGAUAUGAUCCAUACGCAGUAGUGACAGAGAAUAAGGUCGACCACAAUAAGAUUAGGCUUCUUUGCGACUUGUUUCAGCCUCUUUUCGGCGAAUCGUGGCAGCCUGAGUGGGGGACGCCUAUCGAUGACUCGAUGCUGCUGCCUCUUUACGCUAUAGGCGAGGAUUUUGCAAAGCCGGAGGACCUGAGAGAGGAGGCUGUGCGCCUCGGAGUCGAGCUCUCGCUCUACGCUGCCGAGUCCAUGUUCUUGGUGUGCGAUGAUAUCCGCAGCGUGUUGUUGUUCUGCGAAAGGUUAUGGCUAGCGGUUGAAAAGGACAUGAGGCAGCCUCACGACAGUCCUGUGAUCGAAAGGCUUCUCCGUGUUUUUCACUACGUCUAUUUGAAGCAUAUCAAACCGAAGAAGAACGGAGGAGUGUUUCGUGACGGUGGCACGUCGGUCCAAUUUAGACUGGCCAUGGCGUCUUUUGAGGAUUUUCAUGGUGGAAUCAGAGAUCUGGACGUCUUUGUAAGAGAAGGAACCCGAGAGUUUACGUCUACUAGUAUUGACAAAGCGCUGAAGAACAUAGAGAAGAAGUUGAGGCGUGCCAAGGCUGUUUCAAAGGCGAAUGAGUUUGCGAGGGAUGCAAUGGAGUCUGACGUUUUGGUCAUGUGGAAGUCUCUCUUUGACAAACCAACGGAGGAUUUAUGGACUGUGAAAUUGAAGAGGCGUGGGAUUGUCAAUGACAUGUUUUACCCUCUACACAAAGAAAGAGCAGAAGCAAACUCGUUCGUUCGUUCUAUCAGUCGUCUUAAUAUAUGCAACUGAACUUGGAUCAGAGCACUUGUUUUUAACUUUUUAAGUUUGUUUUCUUUGUUAUUUAGUUUCACCGGCUUAGUAGUGUUUAAUUCUCCAAGGGCUUUUGGUCCAGACUGAUGAUAACUGGA